AUGGAAUACGAUUCGAGUGUUAGUAUGCUUCUUCCUGAUUCGAUCAAUCUUAUCGAGAACGAUUUCGAUACUGAAGAUAUUGUUCACGAACAAACAAAACAAAAUGAAAUUAUUGAAUUGAUUAUGGCUGCUUUUGAAGGACAUGAAGAACCGACAGACGACGAUGAUGAUGACGAUGAUGAUGAUACAUCGUUGAAUACCUCGGAAUCAAGCUAUCAUAGUUUUAAUGAACAACAAGUUCAUCAGCAGACUGAAUCACAUCUUCAAAAGCACCCUCGCGAACAGAUCGUAGUCUCUACUAAACCAUCACUGCAUCCACAUAAUUUCGCAAUCGAUGAUAACGAUCAAUCACAUCGAAUCGAGUCAUCCCAUGACAAAACAUCAGAAAACAAUUCAAUCACGACAUCGCCUAUACAGUAUAUUCCACUUGAGGAGCAAGUUCAAGUUCAGUAUAUUUAUCAUGCAUCACCGUCUAAAGUCUGGAAUGAAACAGAGAAUCAAUCGAAUAAGUUUCGUUUAUUAUGCACUGUAAAAGAUCAAAAAGUGCAUCAACUUCAAAUUCUUUGCGACGAAUAUCGAAAGAAAUAUGAGGAUGAAGCACGAACACUUAAGUAUCAAUUAGAACUAACUCAACAAUUAAGACACGAUUGUGAACAAUUACUGAACAAAAUUCAACAAACUGAAAUCAACAAAACACAGUUAGAACAAAAACUUUCAAAUUCGGAAUCGUUGGUGGAAACAUUACGUCGACAGGUGAAUGAAUCACGACAUGUAUCUUCAAACCAAGAGUCCGAACGGAGGUUAUCGAGAUUGCAGGAGGAACACGAGAAAGGGGUGUUAUCACUCAAUGAAAAACUACAAGACAUUCAUAUGAAUCUCCAAGAAAAGGCUGUUGAAAACGACGAACUUCGUGCUCAACUAGAACUUUCAUAUAAAACAAACGAAAGAACCGUUUUCGAGCAAAUGGAAACCAUCACUCAUUUAACCGAACAAUUGCAUGACAGUCAACGUCAAUACACUGAACUUUUAACUAAAAACUCUCUCGAAUCAUUCAGCCAUACCGAAUCCAAACGACAAUUGACCCGUGUGACAGAAGAAAAAGAAAAGUUAGAACUAAAAUGUCAAGAAUUGCAGUCUGAAAUUCGAACAUUACGCGAACAUUUUAAAGACACUGAGCCAACGAUUGACGAUGAAAUUUUCGCGAUUCGCUCGAUUCCAAUCAAAAAUCUGGAUACGAAUGAAACGAGUAACUUAUUAGCUCAAACAAUUAUUCAAGAAAAUAUUCAUUUGAGAGAACGUAUCGAUGAAUUUGCUUUAAACGAACAACAAUUCGUUGCAUUGAAUGAAGAACUUCAACGAAAGGUUUCCCAGUAUGAAGAAGAAUUGAAACAUCGUCGGAGUGACAGCGAAAGUAGUACAAGUUCGAAUGAAACGGUGAUAAGAAAAGGUGGUGGUCAGACGGAACCACCUCGAAAUUUAACAAGUCAAAUCGAAACUUUGAAAAGAGAAUAUGCUGAUUUAGAAGAAAAAUACGAUUAUGAAAAACGCGAAUUACAAGCAAUGAUCGAGCAAUUGCGUGAAGAUGUUAUUGAACUAGAUACAACGAAAGAACUCUAUACCGAUGUUUGCAAAGAGAAAGAUGCAUUGGAAGAAACUUUACGAACACAAUUCGAAUUCGAAUUGAAAAGUAAAUUGGACGACAUCUGUCAGGUGCUCAACAACGAAUACGAAGACAAAUUAGCAGCGUUUAAAGCUGAUCCCAAUAAUUACAAUCGAGAUGCACAAGGGCGAUUAAGAGAAUUAAUGGAAGAGAUCGGACGAAUGAAAAUCAAUCAUGAAAAACAAAUCAGCGAUUUGAACAAUGAACUUGAUCGACUGAAGACUUACGAAGACGCAUCAAAUCGGUUGUCGUACACAGAGAAAGAAUUCGAACAAUUAAAACAAGAUUAUUAUAAUCUGAACAUCAAACAGAAGGAACUUUUAGAGACUUGCACAAGUCUUGAAAACGAAACUGAGAGUCAACAGAAACUGGUCGGUCAACUCAGAGAAGAAAAUGAUCAAUUGAGACAGACAGUGGAACAACUAAAGCAAGAUUAUCAUAACUUGAAUAUCAAACAGAACGAACUUUCGGCAACUUGUUCAAGUCUUGAAAACGAACUCGAAGGUCAAUACAAAUUAGUCGUUCGACUCAGAGAAGAAAACGACCAAUUGAGACGGACAUUCGAUCAGGAAAAGGAGAAAAUUGUCAAAGAAAUACAACAAGAUAAAUCCAAACAUGUUUACAACGAAGACAUCAAACAACUCCUAACACGAAUGGAGGAAUACGAAAACGAAAUCACUAAAUACGAAGGAUACCGAGUGCAAGUACAAAAUAAUCUUGAAAAACUAUCACAACAACGUGAUGCCUACAAAACCGAUUUGAAAUUAACGAAAGAAUUGUUGACCACCAAAGAAGAAGAAUUUAAUCACUUAAAAGCCCAGUUAGAUGAAUGUGAGAAACAUUUGCACAAUAGCCAAGAACAAAUUUGGAAAGAUCAGGUCCCUAUCCAAGAUUUACAAGCACAAAUAAAACAGUAUCCUUUACACAAACAAGAAACCAAUCAGAAACGGUCGUCAAUCGUCCAGGGUACUGAACAUGAAUACCGUGAUAAGCUCUUUUAUCUUGAAAACGAAAAACGUCAAUUGGAAGAACGUCUAUACGAAUCGAAUCGUGCACUAGAUCUUGCGGAUUCUCAUUUACAACAAGAAAUCGAGAAAAUCAAAAACAGUUUGGAAGAAGACUACAAUCGUCGUUAUGAACUUGACCAAAAACAACAUCAACAUGAACUUCAACGAUUGCGACAAGAAUUUACAAGUGAUAUCGAUAAACAACGUGUUUCUACUGUUCCAGUCACAUCAACGAAAACAACCUCCCAAGAUAUUGAAGAAAUCAAAAGAAUGUAUCGAGCGGAAAACGAACGGUUAUACCGUGAGAAUAUUGAGCUAAGUCAACAUCAAUCGAAAUUGAUCGAAACUCAUCAAAAGCAAAUGCAAAUCAUGAAAAAAGAACUAGACGAUGGUUAUAACAAUGUCAUCAAUGAAUUUCAACAAGAACAAACACGUCUGCAAACACGAUACGAUCAAUUGAAACGACAAUUGGCCGAAGCACAACGCACAAUCGAGCAAUUGAAAUCGAAUUUAAGUCUAUUAAAAACACAUCGUUACGACAGUAUGCCAAAAUUAAGAGAACAAUCCGGUCUGGAACGUAGUAAUAGUAGUUUACACACUCGUCUAGACAAUCUUGUUAAACUUCUCGAGCAAUCCAAUGAGGCAUUGAAUCAAGAACGAACAUUACAUACUAAACAAGAAUUUGAAUAUCAACAAACGAUAUCUUCAUUGCAAAAGAAAAUCGCCGAUAUGAUUAAACAGCAUAUUGAAUCAAUAGAUGAAGUAAAACGUGAACUUCAUCAAGAACGUUUAAAAAAUCAAGGCCGAAUAAUACCACGACCAACUAGUGUACCAGAAUUUGCUCCAAUGGAUCUACCUAAGAUAGAAAGAAGAGCUGAUCAUUCAGCACCGAAUACCGAACGUUUUCAAGAAAGUCGAGUAAUGAAUAUUUUUGUAUUCUUUUUCGAAGUUAUUACGGCUCAAUCUAUGGACAAUCUCGAGGUCCAGUUAAAAAAACAAAUCCAAAAUGAACUACUCCGAAUAUGCAAUUCAAUGAUCAAAGAAAUCCGUCGAGACAUUUUCGAAAGAAUCACCCGACUAUUGACAAGUCAAGGAGUACAAGAUAAAACUAUUGAUAUCUACAUCUUCGAAAUAGAUCGAUUUCUUUCACAAUUAGCUCAAGAUUGCUCGAAUUCUCCUUCCUCCUCUUCUCCAUUGAAUUCAACUACUUUAUGCAUCCAAGUAACGCCAACUACAAAAACUUCUUCGGUUGUUCAUCAGUCUCUGCCAAGUAAAUCCACUUCGCCAAUCAGGAAAUCGAUUGAAUGUUUGUAUAUGACUCCAACCACAAACAAGCAACCAUCAUUAGCGACUUCUCAUGGUCAGAAGUUACUCAGUAAUGAUAGCCGACCAAAAUCAGCAUCGACUAUUCUGAUCAGUAAUAAUCAACACUCCAUAUCAACCACAGCUUCAUCUCCUAGUAUACAUCGGUUUCAGCGAAUAAACUAUAAAAAGUUUACACGACGAACACAAAGUCAUCAUGAUGAUUCCAAUGGUCAGAUAGAAACCAAUUCCAAACGAGGAUUUAUAAAACAUUACGAACAGAAGACUCAGUCAUUGCCGGGCUACACGAAAAUGAAUAAUGGAACGUCAUCCGAACCAUUCCAUUCAUUUUCUACUGUUUCAAAAGACAACGAAGAAGAGAAAUACUCAUCAUCAUCCACCUCAGCAAAUGGAAUUAAAAAAUUUGUUUUAAAUAGUUUGAGAAUGUUUAUGACAUCCUCACCACAAUCAAAACGAAUAGAAAGCAAUUGA